CACUUGCUGAUGUCAUUUCGGAGUUUACUGUGUAGUGUACGAAGACGGAAUGCCACGGACCUCGAGCCACCGCUACCAAUCACUAAAGCGAUUCGAUGAAACUGACUUUCGUGCUUCAAGUGCUGACCUUUUUUGGUGAGACGAAAGCGCAAGGCCACUAUUGCUCAAUUCGUCGUUUCAAAAGAGAGGAAUAUUGAUGGUAAUGACCAGAGCAUCACUUCAGUCACUGUGCCCUUGGUGUACAAGUUGUGCUUGCGGGCGGAAGAGCCGGGUGGUGUCCUCAAUUUCGCGAACUUCGCUUCUGAGAAUUUCGAGCGGCUUUGGGGUACCGUUCAUCGUCACGUCAAGGGCUGCUGGAACAUUGGUCGUGGAAAAAAAUGCCGCUACACCGCCGUAGAUGUCUUCUUCAUGACGCUCACCUCGCUCAAGCACACAUGUAAAUGGGGGGGGGGGGAGUACUGUUGCUCGCGUUUUCAAGAUCCCGCACUCCAGUUUUCAGGAAAUAACACGCAAGUCCAUGGACGUCGUCUCACCAUUCUUGUACGAGAAGUUCGUAGAGGACAUGGAUGACCGCUGGGUGCUUGACAAGCUUGUUCGUUCUGGGCAUGCGUUCACCAACUCCCGCAAAGUGGGCUAUGCUACAGACGCCAUCUUCCAGCAAGCUAACAAAUCGAACAGCAACAUGAACGCGAUUCUGCAAUACUACAGCGGUAAGCACCAUCUCUACUACUAUAAAGUGGAGGUGUCGGUACUUCCAAACGGACGUGCCACCAAGGCGAAACAACGUCUGACGCAGGAAAAUAUCGAGCGAAGAAUGUUGGAAGGCACGCGUCGCUGCACUACAGACGGCGGUGGAAAUCCCGUUGGGUGACACGCUGGACGUUUGAAGCAACAACUGUACAUGCAGUGCACGCUGGGAAGCUGAGCAAGUUGAGAAAGGUGGCUACGCUCCUCAGAACUAACCACUGGAGCUGAGGAGCAACCUACAGAGCUGGUAGGUCGACGGUGCUGAAGGAUCAAGCGCUUGCAACUAGCUGCUUUCAGUUAAUCACUUUCAAUCUUACCUUUUCAAGAUCAAGUGUCUUCCAAACUUCGUCCUUCACCUCUCAACGCUGAUAUCAUCAUCAACAAAGAAGUGUUAGCGCCAAUCUACUAUUGUUGGUGAGUUGAGUGGAGAGAGGGAUGCCAGCGAAGACGCGCUUAUCCAGUUGAUCCAAGAGUUUUAACCAAACCUCCAACAGUCGACACUUUUCGAUAAUAAUCUACGUUUCACGCGAUUUGUAUAAUAGGGAUCAACUUAAUUACUGCGAAUAUGAACGAUUAUUGUGC